AAGAUGGAAUUUCAACCCUGGUCCCACGGGUCAUGCCUGAAAUCUGCAUUCAUAUGCUUCGCUGCCUCAGGAGGCUAGACCUGCUGUUGGGGGGUUGUGGGGGUAAAGACGGGGCUCAGGCUAGGCACCCUAUCCAGAAGUAACCUGAGUCUGAGCCUAUGGGCUCUCCCACACCAGCUCCUUUGAGGUGGAGACACCCCGCACUGUCUGGGUGUAAGCUCAGAGAUCGGGUGUAGGGUGGAGGGAGGAAGGAGGAAGGCCCUCCCCCCUCCAGCUCCCCCUCCCUCUCCAGGCCGGGAUAUAAGCCCUGCAGGGAAAGCACUGAGCUGAGGAGGAGGCUGCAGCAGUCCAGCCCUUGGGACUCCUCUCGCCUUCCAUUUCCUGAUCUUCUCUCUGCCUCUGGAGCUGUCGCUAUGGUGACAGUGCGCAGGCCCUGGCCCGCCAUGGCCACUGUGCUGCUGGGCCUGCUCAUCUGCCUGGGGACACUGGUCGACGCCUACCCCGCCAAACCCGAGGCUCCCGGCGAAGACGCCUCGCCGGAGGAGCUGAGCCGCUACUACGCCUCCCUGCGCCACUACCUCAACCUGGUCACUCGGCAGAGGUAUGGGAAACGUGACAGCCCAGACGCUCUUCUCUCCAAACUGAUCUCCCCUGAAGGCGAGGACCGCCCCGUCAAGUCGUGGCCAGAAGGCGCCUACCUAUGGUGACCACCCCCAGACUCCGGGGAGAUAUGCUAAUACACCGAUCUCAUUUGCAUGUUUGCUCCCGAUCCCAGAACCAGGAUUCCUCUCCCUGCCUGCUGCAUCUGAGAAGGGUUUGGGGUGGGGUCCUCAUUCCAUUUCUCGGUGCCCCCGCUCCCUGGGUUGGAGGGCGUUGUGCUGUCCUUCCUCGGUCCCUAAAUAAAGAGCA